UGCUUAAUAUCCCGGAAUACCACUGAUGGCGCCUGUGACGUAUUCCGAAAGCUUUUUCACCAACAUUAUAGUCUUCUAGAAUACGUUUAUGGAACCUAGGAUUAAAAAUAAUUAUUCAAGUAAUUUCAUUUCGAUUGAUUUCACUCUUCAAAUUAUUUGUUCAUAAGAUGCGAGAAUGUUGCUUAGCCGUUGUGGAUAUUCAUUGCAAUCUAGACAUGGAUUUCGAAAGCUUAUACCAGCUACGUUUAGUACACUUUGUAAAACAAAUUACAAUGAUAGACCCUGUAAUAUUAAAUGGGUCACUUGGGAGCAGUCUAGAUCUUACAAAAACUUUGGCCACAAGGAGGUAAAACCACCCCGAAGUGUAUAUAUUAUGGGUUAUACACUCUUACUUGUAUUUAUUGGCCUUUGGAUAGACUGGGAUUGGGUUCUAAAAGGCAAGAGACCUCCAAUGUAUGACAGAAAAUACUAUCCCAAGGUAGAUGCCGCUGAGAUGGUCACUGAAGAUGAAAACGAAGAAGAGAAAAAUGUUGAAACCACUGAACCCGAUGAACACAAGAAGAAGAAAAAGAAGCAGAAAGUUGGAUUUCGAGACAGAAAGAUAAUAGAGUAUGAAAAUAGGAUGCGAGCGUACUCAACGCCAGAUAAGAUUUUUCGAUAUUUCGCGACCGUAAAGGUCACUAGUAUGGAAGGUACUGAUAUCUACAUGACUCCCGAUGAUUUCUUGAGAGCCAUUACUCCUGGCAUGAAACAACCGGAUGGUCUUGGCUUAGAUCAGUACAGGCGUUAUGAUCCAAAGAAUAUUCAUAUGAAAUUAGAACUGGAAUUGGAUCAAAAUAGUAUAUUUUACAAGCUUGGAAGUUCUGGACUUAUUACGUUCUCUGAUUACAUAUUUCUACUCACCGUACUCUCUACCUCGAGACGUCACUUUGAAAUAGCAUUUAGAAUGUUCGAUUUGAAUGGUGAUGGAGACGUCGAUUCUGAUGAAUUUGGAAAAGUUGCCACAUUGAUUCGCCAACAAACAAGUAUUGGCAAUCGACAUCGAGAUCAUGCAAACACUGGUAAUACUUUUAAGGGUGUUAAUUCAGCGCUAACCACAUACUUCUUUGGACCAAAUAUGAAACAGAAAUUAACGAUUGAGAAAUUCUUGGAUUUCCAAGAACAGUUGCAAAAAGAAAUUCUUAAUCUCGAGUUCGAACGUAGAAAUCCCGACGAAAAUGGUAAUAUUUCUGAAGUCGAUUUUACCGAAUUAUUAUUAGCUUAUGCCGGUUAUCCUGAAAAGAAAAAAGCACGGAUGUUGAAGAGAGUGAAAAAGACUUUUAGGGAGAAUCCGAAAGGAAUUAGUAAGGACGAUUACUUAAAGUUCUUCCACUUUUUAAAUAAUAUUAAUGAUGUCGACACGGCUUUGACUUUCUACCACAUUGCCGGCGCGUCGAUUGAUCAAGCAACACUGAAACACGUUGCGAAGACUGUGGCCCAUGUUGACUUAAGUGAUCACGUUAUACAAGUAGUUUAUACUAUUUUCGAUGAAAAUAUGGAUGGUCAACUGAGUAACCGGGAGUUCGUGUCUGUGAUGAAAAAUCGUGUGCUUCGAGGAUUGGAAAAGCCUAAGGAUACGGGAUUCGUUAAGUUGAUUCAAUCAGUACUGAAAUGCGCAAAAAAUACUUAUCCUCUAUCAUUUGAAAAGUAAUGGCAAUUCAAAUUCAGUUGAAAGAAUAAAAUUCGAAGAACGAUGCUUUCCUAUUGUGUUCAGUACACUUUCUUGUCUUUACACGCACAAUGCAUAUUGGCAUUUACACUCUCAACAUUUACUAUAUCUAUAAAUUAUUUUCUCUUUUUUAAUAUUUCGCUUGGAAGUAUUUCAAUGUGUCUAUUCACUUUAUAUGAAUAAUAUUUUCAGUGAUCUUUUCUUCAUAUAAGAUAAACUACUAAUAAAUUAAUAUUGAAAUGACGCUUGUUAA